UACAUACUGCAAAAAAUUGACAGCUGCUUUUCUCCCACCAAUACGCUGACAUUUGUUGUCUGCCGGCUUGCAUCAGAUCAAUAUCGUAGGUUUUCCCGCGCACAUUUUCAGGUAGAAAAAGGAAUAAACGACUCCUGGAAGGGAUAACUGUGUAACGGAGGCAGCACCACAGCAAGCACACGUUUGACGAGUACGAGCAGCCGAAAAUAUUGACAAACCAGUCUCCGCGUGAAAAGAUAAAAUACAUUCGUGUACUAAAACGAAACGAACAAUUUUAAAUUUAUAAAAAAUUAUAUUAUAUAAUUAUAUUAGUACAGCUGCAAUAUGCCACGCGUUGCAAUCAGGAGAAAAGCCGAAUCCGAAGCCACCACAGAUGUAGAUAACAAUAACAAAGGAGAUGUCACAGAUUCCGCGGGUCCCAAAGGCAAGAGAAUGCGUACCGCAUUUGCACUAUCGUUGCCUGAAAGACCGCGUGUUGUAGGUCGUGCUUUGGUUUGCGGCCAAGGUGACAUGGGACAACUGGGCUUGGGCGAUGAUGAUUCAAAAUUUGAGCGUAAACGUCCAGCAUUACUUGAGAAAAUAGCCAAUGUGGUGGAUGUUAAAGCUGGUGGCAUGCAUAAUUUGGUAUUAACACAUGACGGACGUGUUUUUUCAUUUGGCUGCAAUGAUGAAGGCGCCCUCGGCCGCGACAGCAGUGAAGAGGGCUCCGAGUUUGAACCUCGUCCCGUGGAUUUACCCGGUAAAGUGCUAAAAAUAUCGGCGGGUGAUUCACAUUCGGCCUGCUUGCUUGAAGAUGGCCGUGUAUUUGCCUGGGGAUCAUUUCGUGAUUCUCAUGGGAAUAUGGGCUUGACCUUGGAAGGCAACAAAAGAAUGCCCAUAAACGUUUUGCCAGAUAUGACUUGUUGUGACAUAGCAUCAGGAGCUGAUCAUUUGGUUAUAUUGACAUGUCAAGGCAAGGUUUAUACUGUUGGAUGUGCUGAACAAGGUCAGUUGGGCAGAGUAUCGCUCCGAUCGGCAUCAGGUGAGGGCAGAAGAGGAAAAACUGAACUGCUUAAACCAGGAUUGGUUGUAAUUAAGAACAAAAACAAACCCAUUGAAGCUAUCUGGGCCACCAAUUACUGUACAUUUUUACGCGAAUCGCAAAGUGGAAUCAUAUGGGCUUUUGGAUUAAACAAUUACAAGCAACUACUGGCCAAUGCCAAAGAUUUGCCCACUAUCAUAAACCCCAUAAAUACGAAAAUUGAGAAUGUUAAACAAAUUGCUGGUGGUCAGCAUCACACACUUAUCCUUAAGGAGGAUGGCUCAGUUUUCGUCAUUGGACGUAAAGAUUACGGCCGCUUAGGUUUGGGAACGGUCGCGGAUGAUGUGACAGAACUAAAGCCCAUUACAGCACUUAAGGGUAAGAAAGUAGUAAGUGUAUCUUGCGGUGAAGCCCAAUCCUUUGCCUUGACCGAUGAUGGCAAACUAUACUCCUGGGGGAUGGGUUCUAAUCAUCAAUUGGGCACAGGUUCAGAAGAUGACGCACUAGAACCCGUUCUAAUUGUUAGCAAACAAACCGAGGGAAAGCGUAUAAUAAGAGCCUCCAGCGGUGGACAACAUAGUAUCUUUUUGGUAGAAGAUGAAAGUCAACCAGCCUCCGAAGAACCAACCCCAAAGGAGAAAUCAGGAAAGAAGGCUCCAGCAGCAUCCAAGUCUAAGAUGUCCAAUAAAGAAGCUGAAAACAAAGACGAUGUUCCCGCUGAAGAAGAAACACCAAAAACCAAUGGAGAAAAAUCUAAGGAUGAAGAUGACACCAAGUCAAACACGGCUGAGGAAUCGCAAAAGGAGGAUGCUCAAACAACGUCUGCACCGCCACCAGCAAAAAGAGGACGCAAGAAGAAAUAAAUGCCAGAUGCUAGUUUGUAAUUGUAUAUCCUAUAUUUUUUCCACUCAAUUCUUGUUAACCACAAUCUUCAUACAGAUUGCGAAAAACGUAUAGUUUCCUUCAAAGCAUGCAAAAACAUGUACAUGAGACAAAUGUGUUAAUAAUUUUAUAAAAAACAAUUAUAUUUUUAUAUGGACUAAAAAUUUUAUAUAUUGUUUCAACCUAAAAAAUUUUGCAUGAAUUAUUCAAACCCCUAUCCUUAUAUAUUUUGCUUGUGGAACAUUUUGUUUGACGAUUAUUGUUUUCCCUAAUUAACAUUUUUGUUUUGUACUUACUUUAUACUAGAUAUGUUACCUACCUAUUUAACUCUGAAAGCGAAAGCGUUUCUAAAAUCCUCCAAAAAAUUGAAAGAUUAGAUCAAAGCAAAUAAUUUCAGAAUAAAGGUUUUGGCUUUUUUCAUUAUUGUCCCAUUCACUAUUACUUCAUAUAAAUGUAUUUUUAUACCUACACCGUUAGUGUACUUUCUAAUUUGAUGAAAUAAAAUAAAAACAUAUAUUUGUAA